AAUAAUCAUAAUACUCUAUACCAAACAGCAAACCAUGAGCUAUUGUCUAGCCGGGCUGGCUUUCAGGUGCUCACUUACCGAUAUUACGACAAUGUCCGGCACCUAUUAGACAUGAAUGGUAUGCUCACUGACAUACGCCAAGCAGCACCUGGAUCAGUCAUAUUAUUUCAUACUUGUGCUCACAACCCAACCGGUAUGGAUCCGACCCGAGAUCAGUGGUCACAAAUUGCCGACAUAAUGGUUGAGCGCCGACUGUUUCCCUUUUUUGACUGCGCCUACCAGGGCUUCGCAUCGGGCGAUCCCGAUAGAGAUACCUAUAGUGUACGUCUGUUUGUGGACCGGGGGUUAGAGUUGGUGUGCGCUCAAUCGUUUUCUAAAAAUUUUGGCCUUUAUGUUGUGACUAUAUUUAUUUUGCGCAAAAAUCAUCUAGGCGAACGCGUUGGUAACCUAACCAUAGUGCUAAAUAAUCCCAAACCUAUUAAAAAUAUAUGCUCACAAAUGUUGAUGAUUGUACGUGGUAAUUAUAGCGGUCCGCCCGCACACGGGGCUAGGAUUGUGACCAAGAUACUAAACGACCCACAACUAUAUGAAGAGAAGUGUUGCGUACAAAUAAUGGCAACACGAAUGCGGCAAAUGCGGUCCCAAUUGCGGGAACACUUGGAACGGUUGGGAACACCGGGCGAGUGGUCGCACAUUACCCGACAGAUCGGUAUGUUUUCCUAUACGGGACUAACGGACAGACAGGUCACACAUUUGUCGGACUCGUAUCACAUUUAUAUGCUCUCAAAUGGCCGGUUGUCGAUGUGUGGACUGACCACUAAAAAUGUUGAAUACGUGGCCAAAGCUAUUAGAGAUGCAUUAACAAUAUCGCUGUUUAGUAUACGAAUUGUCAACUGUCACUACGUGUCCAGAGUUGGCAGUACAGCGGCAGUACCGACGGCGCCACCGGAUGUCCACGCGGUCCAAGAGUUUAGCCAAUUGUGCGCCGAUAUUAAGGCCCAACUCGAGACGUGCGGUGCGAUUGACACCAAAAAGCGGAAAAUUGUUGAAAAACUCUUGGAGUGCGAGAAUGUUGUCAACACAAAUGCUAACCGAUUGGACGAACAGAAACGGGAUUUAUUGCUGUUAUCGAUAAGU